AUGUCAACAACCAAUCGCCCCGACACCGCCACCAGCGGCGAGGCGGAAAAACAGUCACCACCACGCGAUCCGUCGUACGAAAGCAGUAGCAUGCAGCACACCUCCACCAGAGAUGUCGAGAAAGGAGACCCCACGGUCCCUGCUUAUGACGGCGAAACGAAGAGGAGGCGCCGCUCGUCAGCGUCGGUGAUGGUGGGGAGGAGCGAUCCGUUCGGAGACGAGACGAAUGCGGAGGUCAAGUACCGAACCAUGUCGUGGUGGCACGCUUCGAUGAUCAUGAUCGCGGAGACCAUUUCCCUGGGCAUUCUCAGUCUGCCCUCUGUACUGGCCGCGAUUGGGAUUGUCCCAGGUGUGAUAUUGAUCGCGGGACUGGGAAUUCUGGCGACGUACACGGGGUACACGAUUCAUCAGUUCAAGAUGGCGUAUCCGCACGUGCACAAUAUGGCGGAUGUUGGCGAGGUUCUGUUCUCCUCCUGCGGCCCAACUGCUGCUGCCAUUGGCCGUGAAACACUGGGAGCAGCGCAGACCAUCUUCCUGAUAUUCAGUAUGGGCAGCCACAUUCUGACAUUUACCAUCGCAAUGAACGCCAUCACCGUCCACGUAACCUGCACCUUGGUUUGGGGCGUAGUCGGCUUGGUCGUGCUAUGGUUCUGCACGCUCCCACGGACACUGAAGAAAGUGUCGUACCUCUCCAUCGCCUCCUUCAUCUCCAUCGGCGCCGCCGUAAUCAUCACCAUGGCCGGCGUAGGCGCCUCCCCACCCGACCCGCACGUCGACCCCACAAUCAAGACAUCGCUCGCCUCGGCCUUCCUCUCAACCACCAACAUCGUCUUUGCGUACGCCGGCCAUGUCGCCUUCUUCACCUUCAUCUCGGAGCUCAAAGACCCCCGCGAGUUCCCAAAGGCGCUCUUCACCCUCCAGGCCGCCGACACGAGCAUGUAUAUCAUCGUCGCCGUCGUCGUCUACCGCUACUCGGGCCCGGACGUCGCGAGUCCCGCGCUCGGGUCCACGGGGAACGUCGUCAAACGCGUCGCGUACGGCAUCGCGCUGCCGACCAUCGUCAUCGCGGGUGUCAUCUACGGCCAUGUCGCGGCCAAGUAUAUAUAUAUUCGCGCCUUCAAGGGGUCCAGGCACAUGCAUAGUCGCACUUGGCUGGGUUUUGGUGGUUGGGCGGCUAUCACGUUGGUCAUUUGGGUCGUGGCGUGGGUUAUUGCGGAGAGCAUUCCGAACUUUAACACUCUGCUGGGGCUUAUUAGUAGUAUUUUUGCCAGUUGGUUCACGUAUGGGCUCAGCGGGAUCUUCUGGCUGUUUAUCAAUUGGGACGGCAGUGGGAAGAAGGGGAUGGCUGGGUGGUUUGCGGGUGGUAAGAAGAGCGCGCUGGCCGUGUUGAAUUUGACAAUUGUGGCGAUCGGCGCGGCCAUCAUGGGGUUGGGGUUGUAUGCCUCGGGCAAGGCGAUUAAUGAGGAGAGUGGGAGCGGGAGCACCGACCAGUCACAGGGCCGCGGCCAGAUAAUAUCCAACAUCAACGCCUGUCUCGCCGUGCAGGAAACCAUCAAGAGCACCCUUGGACCCUACGGCGGCGACCUGCUGCUCGUCGACGAGAAUGGCAAGCAGACGAUCACCAACGACGGCGCCACUGUCAUGAAGCUGCUCGACAUUGUACACCCCGCUGCCCGCAUCCUGACCGACAUUGCCCGCUCCCAGGACGCCGAGGUGGGUGACGGCACCACCUCCGUCGUCGUCCUGGCUGGUGAGGUGCUCAAGGAGAUCAAGGAUUUCGUUGAGCAGGGCGUGAGCAGCCAGACCAUCAUCAAGGGCCUGCGCCGCGCCUCCCAGAUGGCCGUCAACAAGAUCAAGGAGAUCGCCGUCAACACCACCGAGGCCAACCAGCGCGACACUCUGCAGAAGCUGGCUGCUACUGCCAUGAGCAGCAAGCUCAUCCACCGGAACGCCGAUUUCUUCACCAAGUUGGUCGUCGACGCCGUGCUCACUCUUGACCAAGACGACCUCAACGAGAAUCUCAUCGGCAUGAAGAAGGUCACUGGUGGUGCCCUGCAGGAUUCUCUUUUCGUCAACGGUGUCGCCUUCAAAAAGACCUUCUCCUACGCCGGUUUCGAGCAGCAACCCAAGUCUUUCAAGGACCCCAAGAUUGUCUGCCUGAACGUCGAGUUGGAGCUGAAGGCCGAGAAGGACAAUGCCGAGGUCCGGGUGGAGCAGGUUUCGGAAUACCAGGCUAUCGUCGACGCUGAGUGGCAGAUCAUCUUCAACAAGAUGGAGGCCCUGCACAAGACCGGCGCUAAGAUUGUGCUGAGCAAGCUCCCCAUUGGUGACUUGGCAACACAAUACUUUGCCGAUCGCGAUAUCUUCUGCGCUGGCCGCGUCGCCUCGGGCGAUAUGGAGCGUGUGUGCAAGGCGACCGGUGCGUCGAUCCAGUCGACGUGCUCUGACAUUCGGGAGGAGUACCUUGGUACCUGCGAGAAAUUCGAGGAGAGGCAGAUCGGUAACGAGCGCUUCAACUUCUUCGAGGGCUGCCCUGCUGCGAAGACUUGCACGCUGGUGCUUCGUGGUGGUGCUGAGCAGUUCAUUGCCGAGGUUGAGCGUUCGCUGCACGAUGCAAUCAUGAUCGUCAAGCGCGCGAUCAAGCACCAGAGCAUCGUCGCUGGUGGUGGUGCCUGCGAGAUGGAAGUCUCGGCAUACCUGCACGCCUUCGCGGACAAGAACGUCCCGCACAAACAGCAGGGCAUCAUCAAGGCCUUUGCCAAGGCCCUCGAGGUCGUCCCGCGCCAGCUCUGCGACAACGCUGGCUUCGACGCUACCGACAUUCUCAACCGCCUGCGCGUCGAGCACCGCAAGGGCAGCAUCUGGGCCGGUGUCGACUUCAUCAACGAGGGCAUCGCCGACAACAUGGAGCACUUCGUCUGGGAGCCCGCCCUGGUCAAGGUCAACGCCAUCCAGGCCGCCAUCGAGGCCGCCUGCCUGAUUCUCAGCGUCGACGAGACCAUCAAGAACCAAGAAUCCCAACAGCCUCAGGCUCCCCAGCGGGGUCUGCCGCCGGGUGCCGCCCAGCGGGCGCUCCGUGGCCGUGGCCGGGGCAUGCCGAGGCGGUAA